AUGGGUAACACACAGGCCGGAGAGAAGCACCCCAAAACAUCAAAAUCGCCAGCAAAGGGCAGGCAUUUCAUGAGAAACCUAAACAAAAGGGGUUCCGGCAAGGACAAAAAGCAGAAAAAGGGCGCCGCGAAACGCGAAGCGAUCGACAGGGAGUUUGAUAAAACAUCGGAAUCAGAUAACAAUGAAGCGAUCGAGGUAUCCGAUAACGAUAUGGUCGAGUGCGCGUUUAAAACGUCGCGAGUGGAAGGGGCCGCGGAGACGAGUGUGCAGUCAGAGGUAACGGUGACCAGGUGCGAGCCGACUCCGCGGUCACCGACCCGCGACCAGUUGCCCGCCGCACCUCUGCCCGCCACCUCACCGGCAGACCAAUCCACCUCCGACUCAGUGUUUACGGACCCUCUCACGCCUCUCGCCGUCGAGCUCAACCAAUGCUACUAUUCCGCGGAAAGUGACAGCGCGCACGACGAUCUCCCGCGCACCAUCUCGCCCCUCGACAUACAUGCGCUUUUACAUUCGGACUUACUCGACCGAACGCCACCGGAAAUGCCACAGGAGGAAAACAAAGCGCGUGACACGCUAGAAAAAGAAAAAAGUGACACAUCCGACGACCGAAGUGACAGGGAUGAAACCGACAAGGCUAUGGGCGCAUAUUUAUCGAAAUUGAAAGAGGAGCCGGCAGAUCGAAGGACCCAUGAGUGCAACCAUGACUUCUUGGAUAAUCGGCUCAAGGCGUCUCCUGCGCAGACUUCUUUUACUCUGUCUCGACAUCGAAAAGUUGAACUUCCCCCCGUAGCUGCAGAAUCGUCGCUCUCCGUCAUUGACAGUGAUAAAGAUCGACGAUAUUCCAGUGUCAGUGAUGCCCCUGCAACCGAAUCCAACGUUCUAAGGAAAGUUGCUUCGUUAACUCUAGAUAAGCACACCGAGAGCAAAGUUGUUCGGCCAAAAUUCGUGCCCGAGAAAUUGAACUUUCAGCUUUAUGAAAAAUUUGAAGAACAGUGGUACAUUUUUGCAUUAAACAUGUACGGAACAGACGUUAAAAUUAAAUUUAUAUAUGAUAUGAAAAUCAAUGAAGUUAGAGCUGAAUUAUUGAAUAAGGAGUGUGAAAUUAAUUUGAGAAUAAAAGCCAUGCAUGGCUUAUCUUCUACAUUAUUUAGACAUUACAAGCAACGACAGAUGCUUUUAAAUUGGUUUAUUGCAUCAGCUGAAGGGACUAUAACUAGCAGUAUUACUAACAGUCAAGAUCUGAAGCAGCUGGGUAUACAAUAUUGCACGCACUUGUUAGCAGCUGGCGUUUUACGUCAGAUAGCAGAUAAAGAUGCACCUACAGAGACCAUAUUUAAGCCAAGUUUAAUGUACUACUGGGCGCACAUGGAGCCACCUGUUGCACAACCACUCACUCCUGGCCGGCUUCAUCACACAUCAUGGCCACCCCAAAAGGACUGCUUUUCUGGAAAACCUUAUGAAAGUAUUCAGCCUCAACAGCUUUAUACCACUGUGAGCAACAAUGAAGAGAUCAGUGAUAUUACAGAAGCAAAGCUUGUCAUAUCAGAUUUAAAAAGAAAAUUACAGGAGCUUGAAUAUCAAUUAGAAAAUUAUAAGGAACAGUCUAUAAGUUUAGUCAACAAUAAAAAUAUGGUAACCUCAAGUAGUAAUAAUUCACAAGCUAAUGAAAAUCAUAAAUUCAACGUAAUUAGCAAAGAAGUUCAGACAAAUAAUUUAAACUACGACAAUAGAAAAAUGGUAGACAAAUCUGUGAUAACCACAUCGAAACCUGAUUCAUUUUUAAGUACAAUUGUAAAUAAUGAUGUAGGAUUAAGUAAAUUGCAUUAUGAUGGUAGUAAUAAAAUGGUUCUAGAAGAAGAAAUGGAUCAAAGAUCUGUGAGAAUAGAAAAUUAUUGUAAGUUAAAUAAAAGCAGAGAAUGUAAUAUGUUGCUGAGAAAUGAUAAUUUAGAACAUUCUAGCAAUAAUGACGUCGUAAAUAAAGUGGAAAAACAGCACAUUAAUGAGACACAAAAAAACAAUCGCCUGUCUAGUAACAAUCAGAACUUGAUCUAUGAUAGUUCUUCCGACGCUUCAUAUGUCAGUACAAGCACUGACUUGUUUAUUAAUCAGAAUGUGGAUGACAGUGAUAUUUUUAGGUCACUCAGCCCACCAACCCAAAUUUUAUAUGCAAAAAACAACACUUGUCACCAAUCUGAUAUGCUUUCUUUGGAAUCAACACAAUCAGAACAAAGCUGGAAAUCAAUAGAACCUGAAAAAAGUGAGACCCUAACUUAUUCAAAAUUAGAGCCAUCAAUACCUUUAACAGACACUAAAGAUUCCACAUCUGAUUUAAAAUCAAGUAAUGAAAGAACAACAGAUCAAUUAGAACAUGUAACAAGUUUAUCAAUAUCAGAUACUACCAAGCAAUUAUCUAUAAGUGAAACCGGACCAGAACUACCACCAAUGCCAGGGAUGUCCCCCUCACCACCACCCACACCUGGGACAAAAGAAUGCAAAUUUAUUCCUGAAUCAGAGCCCAAUCUUAUAAACAAAGAAAAUUUAUCAAAGAAAGAAAACCUGACGAUAAGUGGGUCAAACAAUGUAGUUAUGCCACCAGUACCUGAUAUAGCAUUAAAUAUGCAAAAACCAUCACUGCCACCACCUUUAUUAUCAUAUAAUUUACCAACAUCUAUGUUAAAGGAGAGUUUAGCCGUAGAUGACAAAAAAACAAGUAUUGAUGUGACAUAUCAAUGCUCACCAACAUCUGAUCUACCUCCUGCAACCCCCAUGCCUAAUAUGUUACCAACUACACAACAAGUGGUUCCACCAAUGCCAGAUAUAGUUCCAUCACCCCCACCAAUGCCUGAUAUUGGUCCACUAUCCCCUUCAAUACCGGGUAUGGUAUCCACCACCACCACAAAUGCCCAAUAUAGGUCCGCCACCCCCAUCGAUGCCUGGAGUGGGACCACCGCCUCCCCCGUUACCAAGUAUGGGAGUAUCACCACCACCUCCUACAUUAAUCGGGAUGGAGCCGCCACCACCACCUCCAAUAUCCGGAAUGGGACCGCCACCACCACCUCCCCCAAUACCCGGAAUGGGACUGCCACCACCACCUCCUCCCAAUACCCGGAAUGGGACCGCCACCACCACCUCCCCCAAUACCCGGAAUGGGUCCGCCACCACCACCACCUCCAAUACCCGGAAUGGGUCCGCCACCACCACCUCCAAUACCCGGAAUGGGACCUCCACCACCACCUCCAAUACCCGGAAUGGGUCCUCCACCACCACCUCCAAUACCCGGAAUGGGCCCACCACCACCACCCUCCGAAACCACCCCACCCUAUGCUGGGCGCCACAUCUUCAGGAAGCUGCGCCUCUGUACCAGUCCCAUCUUCUGGUCCUGCGCCUUUUCCAGCACCACCAGCUGGUGGUUGGAGUAUGCAAAGAUCUACUCUAAGAAAACUCCCAAUCAAGCCGGCGGCACCUAUGAAGCCACUGUAUUGGACACGAAUAUUAGCCGCACCAACGAUUGCCAAUGGCCAGGGUGAAGCACAUACCAGUUUGAAACCACUGUGGCUUGAAAUUGAUGAAACCAAAUUGGAUAAUAUCGAUGAAUUUAUGGAUCUAUUUUCAAGACAAGUUGUAAAGGCCCCAGUUAAAAAGAAAGUGGAGGUCAAGACAAAAAUCCAGCCAAUCAAAAUAUUGGAGAGUAGAAGAUCACAAAAUGUCGGCAUACUGGCACAAAGUUUACAUGUGGAAUUUUCAGAAAUUGAAAAUGCCAUAUACAAUUUUGACACGUCCGUUGUUAGUUUGGAAGCACUCCAGCAGAUUUAUGAAUUGCGCGCAACUGCAGAGGAAUUAGAAAUGAUAAAAGAGCAUUUAAGGACCAAACCAGAAAUUCCGCUAGAUAAGCCAGAAGCAUUUUUACACGAUUUAUCUGGAAUACCAAAUUUUGCAGAGCGAAUAUCGUGUUUUAUGUUUCAAGCUGAAUUCGAGGACGCCGUUAAUACGACAAUGCACAAAUUAGAUAAUUUAAAGCAUACUUGCGAGUUCCUAAUGAAUAGCGAAUCUCUUAAACAACUUUUUGCAAUAAUUCUAACUCUUGGUAAUUAUAUGAAUGGAGGAAAUGGACAAAGAGGUCAAGCCGAUGGUUUUGGAUUAGAAAUUUUAGCCAAGUUAAAAGAUGUCAAGUCUAAACAAUCAACGGUUACGCUACUACACUUUAUAGUAAAGACAUAUAUGCGACAACGGGGAGGCGCUCUGUCGACUGAUUGCGUGCUACCGGUGCCUGAACCUGGUGACGUGCACCGCGCUGCUGCACUAGACUUUGCUGAUGUCGCUGCUAGUCUUGCCGCCCUCCGCACACAACUUGAAGGAUGUAAAGAAAAAACGAAAAAGGUCAUCGAUGCGGACGCUAUAAGGCAUCCACCGGAAGAACAAGUGUCUACAGAUAAUAAAAGGCUGGAAGUGUUUAAAGAUAAAAUGACUGCAUUUAUUGAGGCAGCUGAGGAAAAAUUAAAGACUGAAGAUGACAAUUUGUCAGAUUGUCGAAACAAAUUCAUAGCAACUGUAAAAUUUUAUCAGUACAAGCCUAAGUGUGAAAAAGUUGAAGAUUGCGAACCAAAAGAUUUUUUUUCAUUGUGGACAUCAUUUUGUAGCGACUUUAAAGAUAUAUACAAGAAGGAGGAGCAAUUGGCAAUUAAAGAAAAGUUAAAAGAGACGAAAAAAAUACAAGAAGUGCGUAAAUCACAAACGAUCACUAAGCCGAAAAAGGAAGAUGGCUUAAAGGCACGGUUACAGAAAAUGUCCAGUGUUAAAUUGUAA